GUCUAUGUUAAUGAAGGUUACCCCGACACACCGCUACCCUUCUUGCACCUGACUCUCCGAUAUUUUCCGCCAGUGGGAUUGGGUUUCCCAUUCCACUUGUUCUCCCACUGCUCUUCUAUGUCACUUUUAUUUCCUCUGUCUGGAGAUCUCAGCUAACGGUUGCAGAUUCCAAAGAACUGGAGACUGAAUGCUCCGUUUGCGAGGAAGAAAAGCAGCAGCGGCAGUAAUAGUAGCUAUGCCCCGUUCUUUCCUCAUUAAGAAGCAUUGCAGCACCAAAAAGCCCAACUACAGCCAACUGGAAAUUCAGAAUGCAACAGCCGUUUCACCCUAUUUGUAUAAGGGCUUGACAUUUCCACUGAUGCCACAGCCUGAAGUGCUCACUCCCAUCAUUUGUGACCCGCCAAGACUGUGGGACAGAGCUCCUAUCAGUCUCCGAGUGUGUCUGCCCCCUCCUCCAGAUGCCAACAUUGGAACAGAAACACCAUUCAGUAGCCAGCCAAGCCUGGAGAUCAGUGUUAAGGAAUGUGCGGCUGUCAGAGCCAGCAGCACCCCACUAAGAGAUACAGUGAAUGACCUUAACCUGUCCCUUGCUAAAAAAGCCAAAAGAAGAGCCACUAACAAUGGCACAUUUAAAGGAGACAGCAACACUGAGGAAAAGAACCUUGAAUCUGAAAGCACUGUUGAAGCAAUCCAGGAGAAGUUUGAGUGUUUUCACUGUCGCAAGGUGUACAAUACUUUAUCUGGUCUGUCUAAACACAGACAGCUUCACUGUGAAUCACAGACUAUAAAGUACUUUAACUGCAAGUAUUGUGAUAAGGAAUAUGUCAGCUUAGGUGCAUUAAAGAUGCACAUAAGGACACACACAUUGCCCUGUGUCUGCAAAAUCUGUGGUAAAGCCUUCUCAAGACCAUGGCUGUUACAGGGGCACAUCAGAACCCAUACAGGGGAGAAACCUUUUGCCUGUCCUCAUUGUAGCAGGGCUUUUGCAGAUCGCUCAAACCUCCGAGCCCACCUGCAGACACACUCUGAUGUGAAGAGAUACCAGUGCAAGAGCUGCUCAAAGACCUUCUCCAGAAUGUCUCUUCUUUCCAAACAUGAGGAGGCUGGUUGCUGUCUUGCGUCUUGACAGCAGUUGUCGACUGUUUGAUCAAAAAGACAACCUAUUUUGUUACAAGCUCAAGGCAUAACUAUUGUAUGUGGUAGUCUUUUUAGCCUUAAAACAAUGAAAAUGCAUAAGAACUACGUACUGGCUCACCAAUGUUCAAAUAUUUCAUGCUGAUGGAGGCUUGCAGUUGGCAAUUUGCACGAGUAUAAGUCUGAACUAAACAACUGUUGUCAACUGAGCUAAAAUGUAACUUGGUUAUACUGAAUGUUUCAUGGUAACCUAAUACUAAAAGCAAAUACGUAAGCUGAGCGGAAGUUGAAAUGUGCUUUCCGACUCUUUAUUAAAGGUGACAUGCAGUGUUUUGCAAAAUUGAGAAGGUAAACCUGAAAGGAGAGUAUGAUUUCAGUAAAAUUGAAAUGGUAUGGAAAGGAAUGUGUGGUCCAGGCAGAAGAAUAGAGGAUGACACUUUCAAACUUGACCAACAACCAUAAGAGGACUGCCCAACCUUUUUUCUCUUUCCUAUCCCCUGAAGACUGUGGAAAAGAAAGAAAAUGGUCUGAAGAAAAUCAUAUGAUACAGUUUUCCUGCCAACCAAAUUCAAAUGUUUGUGGCACUAAUAAUUGUCCCAUUGAUGAUAAACGGGAGUAUGUUUGUUGGAAACUGGAAAUUGAGCUCAAUUUCUGACUAUUAGAUUUUUUUUAAAAAUUGCAUGUAACAGUUAUCAAACUUGCUUUUGAAAUUUGCUGCUGUAUUUUUGCCUCCCUGCACUCCAAUCUCCAUUGCUUGUAAUUUAGUGUUUUUGAGUUAAUGUAAACUAUUUGUAUUGCACUUGGGAUGAGAUCUAUGAUUUAUUUCACCUUUGCUCCCCUGAAGAUGAACAUGCCAAGACAACUUUAACUGUACCUCCAGUACAACCAAGGAGAUGGUUCAAUUGUCCAUGCCCAGUACCAUGAGUCAAUAUAACUUUCCUAAAAUAAGUGGUUUAUAGUCUUUGUUAAAUGAUGUCAUCAUGUAAAACUAGUCCUGGAAAGUGGGAACUAGAAUUGGAAUCAAUUUGGCUUGCCUACUCUUCGCUCAUGUAAUUAUAAUGACUGCAGCUUUGCAGUUAGGAUCCUGUUUUCAAUUAUGUCACAACAAACGUAAGUUAAUUGUACAGCCAUCGUAAUUUCUAAGUAAUGGAUUUAUCCCAAUGUGUGAAAAAUACUUGGUGAUUCAGGAAUCAUCAGUUUAGAUUUCCAGAGCUUGUGAAUAAAUUGAAUUUCAUCAGUUUGUUUGAAAAGAACAAAUAUUGUACAAGUAAGAUAAAUAUAAUGGAAUGUGUCUGUGUUUAUUUUUCUUGAAUGCUGUACCUAUCAGAUCAUUGCAUCUUGCAGGUUUGAUGGAAGCUGCAAAUUAGCUGCUUAUGUAUUUUUAAAUUAUGCUAACAAGCUGAAACAUCAGCGUUAUAAUGAGUUAUUAAGAUGAUGCCAGCUUAAACUGGGGUAGCUUG